AUGGAGGAUGAACCCUCCAUGACCGCAGCCUUCAGCUUGGACAUGGGCAAGUUGAUGCAAGGUCUGAAGGGGUUGAGCCCAAGCAUGCAAGAAGCCGUUUUGCAGCUGUCACAGGGGCCCGACUCUUUGCCCAGCUUACGAUCCGAGAACAGUCAGCCCUUCAACAAAGACACGUUGCUCGCGGCGUCGGCAGAAUUCGGUCAGCUGAGUGACGGCCUUCAAGACCAGAUUUGGGGCAUGAUGAGGAUCUUCGAUGCGAAUUGCUUCUUCCACAGCCGAUCUUCGUCCAAGCUUCUAUACUUGGCCUUGGCACGGGUGAACCACUCCUGCAGGCCAAAUGCCGUCCUUGGAGAUCCCAAAUUGGCAGAGCGGGACCCCAAGUUGCACAGCAAGUUGCAACCCUUUGAUCCACUGAAGAAGGCCUUGGUUGCAGCUGAAGACAUUGGCGAAGGCGAAGAGAUCACCGUGAACUACUUGAGUGCUGAUGAGUUACUGGAACCACGGCAGCUUCGUAGGGAAAAACUUUGGGAACGCUUUGGUUUCGAGUGUUGUUGCACACGCUGCCUGGACGAGGAAGCGGACGCAGCAUUGCGAGUCUUCCGUUGUGAAGGCAAGGAGCCAUCUGAACUCGGCAUUCUCGGUGCCGAAUCGAGUCGCGCCAUGCGCUUGCUCCAUGUGUGGCUGAUAUGCUGGCUCCCCAGUUGGGCUUGGGGCAGCCCCGAAGCAUUCCCGGUGAAAGAUGUUCAGACAUGGAGCGUGGUCCUCGAGACUGGCAAGAUGUCAUUGAAGAAGGGCCAUGACAGCGCGGCUGUGGCCUGGGGAAGUUUCAGUGACGUCAUCAACAAGACUGGCUGGGCGGUGCUGGACAUUCACACCGCAGCCUCUGCCAAUGGCGACACGCAAAGCUAUGCAGCUGGAUACUUGGAGGGGGCGCUGACUCACACCAGGAUCACGCAGCACUUGCAGAACAUGUGGGGAGUGGAUUUCAAAGGCUAUGCCGCAGGCACCGUUCCCGAGAAGAUCAGGGAUUUUGUAUCCGCCAAUAUGGCGUGGAUGGUGAGCCAAGUCAAAGACAACCCAUCAGAUGGUUACUGGCAAACCAUUGGCUAUCUCCUGGCGCAACUUCACGGCCUGGCAGAUGGAUAUGAAGCACAGAGGGCGGACAAUGGCCAGCAGCUCACUGUAGAGGACAUGUUGAUGCUCGUGAUGGUUGACACUGACAUGGAUGAUGUGGUCACAGCGGUGGUGGCCGAAGGGCAUUUUAUCAAUCAGCAUUUCUUGCAUCGCAGGCACCAGAGACGUCAUCGCCUCUUUGACCCCUUCCCGGAAUACUUCGAGGUCAGCGAUCGCCGACACCAUGGGCACUGCAGUGCUGUGGUGCAAGUGGCCCCUGAGACCGAGGACCUCUGGGUGGCCCAUGCCACCUGGGACGAGUACCGAGGAAUGCUUCGCAUUAUCAAGUACUUUGACAUGCCGCUCCCUGGUGUGGCUGUCCAACGUUUGGCUUUCACUGCUGACCCAGGAGGCCUUUACAGCGCGGAUGACUUCUAUGUCUUGGACUCCAAGUUGGUGGUCAUGGAGACCACCAUCGACAACUACAACAGAUCCCUGUGGUCCAAGAUCAAGCCCCAGUCCGUCAUGACCUGGGCCAGGGCCAUGGUGGCCAACCGCUUGGCCACGGAUGGGAAUCAGUGGACGGAGCACCAAGUGCGUCACAACAGCGGCACCUGCAACAAUCAGUGGAUGGUUGUUGACUACAAGCAGUUCGAACCAGGAAAGCCCUUGAAGGAUGGCUUGUUGUGGAUCUCAGAGACCAUGCCGGGCCAUGCGCAGCGGGGCGAUGUGACCGACGUGCUGCGCAAGCAGAUGUCGUGGCCCAGCUACAACGUUCCGUACUUUGCUGACAUUUGGAAAGUUGCUGGCUAUGAAGAGAUGCAAAAGAAGACCCACACGCCCGACGACUUCAGUUUCGACAAGUGCCCUAGGGCUCUCAUGUUCGAGCGCGCAAGGCAGGAAGGUGCUGGCUCCUCGCUAUCUUCCUUAAUGGCUCUCAUCAGAUACAACCGUCUUGGUGAUCCAUUGGCGAGGGGUGACGCUUGCAAUGCCAUCAGUGCAAGAUGUGACCUCAAUCCUCACAAGCACGUGAGCUAUGACUGCUUCGGUGCCAUCGAUGCGAAGAUCGCGCGCUGGCGCCCGGAGGCACAGGACCUCUCUUUCCUGGCUGUAUCUUCACCUACCUGGGGUGAUGAUGAGCAUCCAUUCACAUGGAGCCAAGUGAAUUCAAAAGUUGAUGGUUGCAAAGCUUCUGACCACAACGGUCAUCCGGACACCUUCGACUUCUCAUGGUAUCAGAUGCCAGCCGAAUGGCCGCAUGCCUUGUCCGUGGGUCAAGUCCUGAACGGUCAGGGCGACUUUGGAUCGUCGCAAAUGGCAAUCACUGCAACAGCCUUUGUGGCGCUGACAGUUUUGAGUGUCAGCAUCUUCAAACGUCGGGAUAGCGACGUGGAGGCCCUUCCGUACUACGAAGCCUUGGCGUCCUGAGACGGGCACAGCUGAGUCGAACGUCUCAUGGAUGUUGACAUUGGCAUUUGCUCAAUCUUUAUAUGUUUACGGGGGAUGAACAAUUG